AUGUGUGUGACAAAGAAGUAAGUCAGGAGAGACUUCUGGAAAACUUGACUUCCAAAAGCAGGAGAGAUCGGGUGGACCAGGUCGAGCCUAAGCUUCCUACUCCGAUCACGAAUCAGUCAAAAAUAGGUUUGUUCCUUAUAAGGGACUUUAGGAGAAGUUUCUGUCGGGUCUGUGAGAAAACAUUAUGGAAAGAAACUUCAGGAGAUGGUUUUUAUCAACAACAAAAAAAAGGUUCACCAGUUCAAAUAUGUGUGAUAACCCAUCAUCAGAAAUGCGGACAAAACUUUUUGAGCCAUACUGUAGCCGGGUUACGGUAGGCAGGUUGGCACCUGCCUAUCUAAGUAUUGAAGAGUUUUUACUAGACAAGUGAUAUAUCAAUCGAUAGGUAAUCGGAUUUCAGGAAUUUUUACAGUACAUACCAUCUUGGGUUACUGUAGGAAUUUUCGAGUUACGGUAAUUUUUGUCUUUGGAAGUCGGUUUUUUGGUCACCCUGGUCGUCGGCAUUCUAAUUACUUUCAUGGAAUAUGUCUAGUAGUACUUUUUUUUUAAUUCCACAAAAUAAAUUCGAAUUUCUAAACCCGUCAUCUCGAGAUUUCACUCCGAACAUGCGCAACUUUGCGGCUAGAAUUUUGACGAUUUUCACAUUUUUCUUUUGUUAGAUAUUUGUGUAAAACUUUUUUAGAUUUUAACUACAGGGUGUUUUGUAACAUUUAAAGAGGUUUGAAAAGACCUAUACGCUACAUAUUCGGCCGAAACUUUGUGUUUUGAACGCUGUUUUCGCUUGAAAAAACGUGAUUCGCUCUGAAAAGAUUUUGUUCAAGCGCUGCAAAGCUCCCAAAAAAGUCAACUUCAUCUGACUUUCCAGCCUGGAUUUUUCAGUUGCAAGAAUAUAAGCUGAAAGAACGAAAUUCUCAGGAAUAAUUCUGACUUUCAGAUUUUAGCUCGAAUGAAAAUACUCAUCCGUUUCGGUCAAUUUUUCUCAUUUUAGUUCUAUUUUCUCUUGUAGAAAGCCUUUUCUUCUUUUUUCUUUUUUUUUUCAAAAUAUCCGAAAAACAUAUCACUGGAGUUUGUGCAGCAGAACAUAGGGCAGUCAGAACGGUUUCCCUAAAUUCAUUUCAAUCUUCUCUCAAAUAGAGCUGACCUUGUUCAGUUACCAACGCUCCCGCUCCCUCUGUGGCUACUCGACCUACAGUCAGCGAAGCUCCAACCAAAGGUAAUCCGGUGGUUUUCGGUUGUAAUUAAUUCUCAUUUCAUACUGGGAAAAUUUUUAGUGGCCACUAUAGAGGCUCGCCAAAGACUAUUUGGAGAGGACACUGAAGUGGCCACUAAACCCACCUCUAUAGUGGCCACUGUUUUCGGUUCAGUGACCACUUUAGAGAUUCUUUAUUUAGUGGCCACUUGAGUAGUUUUUCAUCCAGUAUUCCUUCCAGUAACUCUGUUAAAUUUGAAAAAAAAAACAGAUUGGACCAGUUAUGUUGAUCCAUUGACCCUUAAAGUUGCCACUAAAAUUUUUAGUGGUCUAGUAGUAGCACUUAGACCUCUAUAGUGGCCACUAAUUUUUACCCCUUAGGUGGCCAAAAAUUUGACUACUCAAGCGGCCACUAAAACGUCAGAACCCUGUAGUGGCCAUUAGAAAUUUUCUCAGUGUGAGACUAUAGGCCGAAAAUUUCUACACAAAAGAACGCGAAAGAGAUUAUUUUCAAAGAACGUGGAUAACUGUAGAACUAAGAUCAUGUAGAUAAUAAUAAACAAAAAAGUUCCAUAUUCUAAAAAAAAGAAAUUCAAAAAAUUCUGCCCAUUUCUGACUUGUAGGUCUAGGUUAGAUUUUUAAACUGUCUUUUAAUUUUGUUUGAAAGUGAAAAUUCAUCAGUUAGUUGGAAAUGAACAUUUUAGGAGGGCCAGGAGAUUCGAAGGAUUCCAAUGCCUCGAACAAGGAACCUUCAACGAAGAAAUCGAAGAAGUCGAAGAAGUCGAAAAAAUCGGUUAAGCAGCCGCCGACGGAUAGUAUGAAAGUCGCCAAGUGUUCGAAAAAAUCGGCCGAAAAAGUUUUUUUCUUCGCUGUGACAUAAUUAUUUUCGUCGGCUUCAGGUGAUGAAAUGGGUGCUGCGAACUCUUCAAAUCGGAGUUGAUGGUUUGGUGGCCGAGUUCCGCGACAUGAACGCCAAAUGGCUCGUCGAAAACAUGACGACCAAGGCCUUUGCCGAAAACAAAGAGAAAAAUCGGUUGGUUGAAAUUUUUACUUUGAUCAGACAAUGCUCGUGGGACCUUUUUGAAAAAAUCUAGAUUGUUUUUUUUUCAGUCUCUGAUAAUCAUUUUUUUUAAUAGUGGGACUGCCAUUUUUUUAAAUAGUAUAGAAUUUUUCACAUUUUGGGCCCGCGAAUCUACAUGAGCGUGAAUUGUGCAUACACAAAUAUUGGGGCCUCUUUGAAAACUUUAAUCUUGUAAACACGGCGACGCCCUGCCUAUAUUUUCCGUAAAGUGUGGUGUGUUGUGUGCAUGCACCUCGGCGCUCUCGCACAUGCCACAUUAAAAAUAUAUUUUUCGCGGAACUAUAAAUUUUAUUUCAAUUUAUGAAAUUCGGUUAUAUUUUUAGCUCUCUGGUGAUUAUUUUGAACUUCGCAAAAUUCAUUUCAACAUGGUAUGUGUUAAAAAAAAUGAAACAGAAAAGUCGCGUUUUUUUUAAAGCAGAAAUUGAUUCCUCUCAAGACCCUUUUAUGCGCCUUUAAUAUCUCCCGUUGCUUAUACUUGUUCCCCAUGACGUCACAUGAAAACGGCGGAGGUUUUGACCACGCCCCCUUUCAUUUUUGGAUUUACAUUUUCUUGCACUAAAAAAAAAGCCUUGGUACCCAGGAAACUUUUAUCAAGAUUCAAAUUUGCAAAGAUUCAAGCCUCCGGCAUUGGUGUAUGCACAAUUCACACUCACGAAAAUUCGCGGAUCCAAAAAUUCUUCCUACCAUCCUGCAAGAUUUGGGAAAACUUUUUCAAUUUCAAACUUCAAUUUUUUUCCUUUUUCUCAAAUCGGUGUUAUAUUCAUCAAAUUUGAGAUACCAAGAUGUCCCAUGCCAAGACAAGGGUCGUGUCGUUUUGAAGUUUCCCGGUGUCACUACUGACUACAUUCACGCCAAUUACGUCGGUACGCAUGUCAACCCGAAACGUUUUAUUUGCACGCAGGUUAAAAUACUUCUCUGAUCUUUCCAAUCAAUUUCUCAGUUUUCAGGGUCCUCUCGAAAAAACUCUCUUUGAUUUCUGGGCCAUGGUUAUCCAGGAAGAAACCGAGAUCAUCAUCAUGCUGUGCAAUUUUUGUGAGCUGGUUCUACAUUCUGGAAGUUUUAGAUUUUUGAGAAAUCAAUUUCCAGGACAAAAUUAAGUGCGAGCCCUACUGGCCGUCGGACAAGAACGAAGAAGGCAAGAAGCAGAUAAUGAAAUUUGGCACGGCUCCCAAUGAAAUCACCGUUACGAGCACUGUAAGAGUUGGAAAUCUUUUGGGAAAAGUCGCUCAGAAAAGCGUCGAGAUAAGCUUUUUUUGAUUUUAUAGUCAAAUAGAAUGAUUAGGGGCGCGCCGUAGCGCAACAGGUUGUGUGCCUGUCUACGGUCCACAGGGUCACAAGUUCAACCCCCGCCUCGACCCAACCAAGGGGUUUAAGAAAUGUUGGUAGUGGGAAACCACGACUUCUUAAUUCUCAGCCGUCACACACAAGGACGGAUAUGUCACUAGAGCCAGUCCUGAUAUCAAAAUAGGAGCUCGGCUUGGGGCGCCGACGCCGCUCAAGCGGUACAAAGGCAUAGGAAGAAGAAGAAGAGGGCAACCAUAGUGCCCCUUUGAGGGUCCUUCCUAGGGACCUCUUUACCACAUUAGGGGCCUUCAGGAUCCAUUUUGAAAGGUACCUUUGUGGACACAUUAUGGUACCUUCUCGAUUCCCCUGUGCCUGUGAGCAACUGCUAAAUGGCUUCUCAAAACCAUUAAAGGCAUAGGGACAGAAAGCAGUAUCGUAUAUGGUGUUUCUUUGCGAUUCGAACGGUGUACUUAAACAACUUACAGAUUUGACUACUUUCUAAGAAAAAGACGGUUUUACUUUCCCGCUUUCAACUUUGAAAAACGCUUUGGAUCGGUGUACGAACUAGUGUUCUAAAACUUGACCGUUCAAAUGAUUUGACCGUUCAGUUUUUCGAACGGUUAUAACAUGUCAUUUCUCUGACCGUUCGUUUGACCGACCAAUUUCUGGAAUUUACGAAACCGGCCGGCCAUUUUAAGAUUGACAUUUUGAACGGCAAAAAAUGACCGACCAUUUUAAGAGUGAAAUUUUGAACGGUCAAAAAAUGACCGACCGAUUUCGAAGUGACAUUUCAAACGAUCAAAAACCAACAUGUCACUCUGAAGUGACAUGUUGAAAUGUUGAAACUCCAACCGUUCGACAAAUGACCGUUCAUGAAAUGUUGAAAAAAUAUUGGUCGAACGUUCAAUUUUCGAAAUUAUAGUACGGACCACUGUUUACAGUAGCCGUGCACGCGUUUUUGCGGACUUCUCAUUAGACUCUUGUGAGAAAUAACGGGAUAUAUGUUUUAAGUCAAAGUUUUCUUACCUGAAAAAUCAAUCAAGAAAACAAAAAACGCACACCGAUAUCAAAGGAAACACAAAAUAUUGCUAUCCCCAUCGAAACCUGUGUAAAAUCGUCAUUUUUCACAAAAGAAACAUUAUGUGAUCAAAGUUUGCAAACUAUACAUCAAUAGAAAGUUUUUGUGACAAAAAGAGCUUUGGUGACAACAGAAAAAAUUGAAAAUUGAAAGAAACGAAGAAAAAAACGAAAGUCCGAAAAAAGGCAAUACGUGUUUUCCAUAGAGCAACUUUACUGCAAAACGCUCUUUUGGCGGGAAUUCAAGCUUUCCUCUCUCCGACUUUGAAUUAUUUUUUCUCCAAAACUAGGAGUUUCGGUACGUUUCCAAGUGUACUCUCCGAUUCGCAAUGAAAAGCUCUACAAAAUACUGCUUUGAACCGAAACACCGUUUUUUACUGCGUUCUAAACAUGCUGCCUUUUUAUAAAUUUUCUGUAGGUACCAAUUUUUGAUUUUCUAGUCGGUGCAAAAGAUGAAGGAUGAGCACGGGAUUAACGUAACCGUCCUGAAAGUUGAGUGGACGGAUGGCGGCAACGCGAAGGAGCGCAUAGUCAAGCACUUCCAGUGGGAGACCUGGCCGGAUCGUGGCGUUCCUCUCAACAAACUGACACCCGCGGUCUCCCUUCUUUUUUUACUUCUUUUCGAUUGAAAGAAUGUUUAGGAGCUCCUUUCGGCUGUUCGCGCAAACGGCAAGCCUAUCGUCGUCCAUUGCUCUGCUGGAAUCGGAAGAACUGGAACGAUUGUUGCGAUUGCUUACGUGCAAGAGAAGAUGCAGGCUGGGGUAGGAAGUCCUCGUGGGCACCUUACCAGCCCCUGUAGGGGUCACUAUAGUCUGUUCACAUUUUGAAUGUCGUCGCUUAAGCUCCGCCCCUAAUGGUGCGAUAAACCAACCAGAGAGCGAGCCAUCCACAGAGUGUAUUUGAAUGACGUCAUUGCACUCGACAUUAAAAAUCUGAACAGACUAUAAAGCUUACAAAAGUGAUCCCUAUAGGGGGCAUGCUAGUCGAUAAUUUUUAUGUAACCUGCGAAGAAGCUUUUCCAUGCGAAAAAUUGAAUGAACAAGCGUUUUUCGAAUGAAGUUGAAAGUCCCCUAUAGGGACCACUUAAGAUCUAGGAGCUAAGGGGUGAGACUGCAAACUCCUACAGGGACCACCUUGAUUUCAACCUUAUAGGGACCACUUAAGCUCUAGGGGCUAAGAGGUGACACUGUAAACUCCUAUAGGGACCACUGAAGCUCUAGGGGCUAAGGGGUGAGACUGUAAAAUCCUGUAGGGACCACUUAAGAUCUAGGAGCUAAGGGGUGAGACUGCAAACUCCUAUAGGGACCACCUUGAUUUCAACCCCAUAGGGACCACUUAAGCUCUAGAGGCUAAGGGGUGAGACUGUAAAAUCCUGUAGGGACCACUUGAGAUCUAGAGGCUAAGGGGUGAGACUUUAAACUCCUAUAGGGACCAUAUUGAUUUCAACCCUAUAGGGACCACUUAAGCUCUGGGGGCUAAGGGGUGAGACUGGAAUAACAGUCGAUGAAAUGGCGCAGAUAGGAACCUUUUUAUCACCUUGAAAGAAACAUUUCUAUGGAGCCCUUUUGACCCUCUUGCCUGUGAAGAACCGGAGUAUAUAAUUACAGGAGGAGUGCAUGGAAAUGAUUGAGCUUGUGAAGGAACUCCGUCGCCAGCGACCCUGCUCUAUUCAGAAUGAAAUGGUUAACGAUUCGAAAAAAUAUGGCUUUUGAUUUUGGAUUCCAGCAAUACUUGUACCUCCACCGUGUGCUACUCGCCUACUUUUUGGAGAAACACAAAACCAAAGUGAAAGUUCCUCCACAAGCCCAGGCGCAAUACGAAGAGUGGGUCGCGCGCUACGAUAAUCUCACAAAGGGUUAA